UGUUAAACGCCCUAAAGAUCGCGAUCGGUGCAGUUGGUUUCAGUCAAAGUUGAGUUUAUUUCGGGAUGUGAAUAAUUUUAUCGCUAUAUUAUUGGAUAAUUGAUGAAAAUGUAAGCAUUGAUCUGUUUGAUGGUUGAUGAAUGGAACAUUUUCUCGGUGGAUCUUUCGAUGAAUAGCAAACGAUCAUUCGAAGAUCAUAGAUCAUUGCCGUACGAUUUUGCUACGUGUACAUUUUUUGUUGUGACGACAGUUAAGGAAUGUAGGAGCGUUUUUCAUCGACGUCUUCUGGUGGAAUGUUUCAAUACAUUUUCUAUACUAAUGUGAUGUGAUUUUUUGGUGAAAUAAUACAAUGAUGAAGUGAUUUUUACCAGCAUUUUUAAUUUUUAGUGACGACAUGUAUAUGAAAACAUUGUAAACAAUAGUAAUUAUAUGUUUUAAAUCUCUUAAUGAAUCUGUGCUUAUGAAUGAUUUAAUUGAAACGAAAAACAAGUGACGUGACAUUUUUUUUGGACUCAACGCUCACAUGUCCACAUUCCAGCAUAGCAGUUCUAUAGACAUAAAUACCAUCGUAGUUGUAUGCAUUCAUACAUAUGAAUUGCAGAAGUGACGAUCGUAUAGCAAAACUAACAUAGCAGAUAUGACUACUUUCACAUAAACGGUGACGAUAUAGGGUAAUCCAACUAAAUCCAAGAUGGAUUGGACCACCGGAGAUUUAGUGUGGUUUGACUCUGGACUUGGCCAUCCACUACCAGGGGAAAUAUAUGAAGUACAUCGUGCUGCACAAGUAAUCAUCGUUCAAGCUCUCAUCAAUGGCAAGCACCAAACAUUCACUCUGGGUCCGGGCGAAGGGAACCUUCGAUCGCGACAAGAUCUUGGCAAAACUGGAGUAGAAGAUAUGACUCAACUGGACGAUCUCCAUGAAGCUACAUUACUAUGGAAUCUAAAACUGCGUUACGACAACGGUCUUGUUUACACGUAUGCGGGGAGUAUACUCGUAGCAAUGAAUCCUUACAAAAUGUUUCCCGGUGCCUAUGGUAUUGAAAUGGCAAAAAUCUACUCUGGCAAACCAUUGGGGGUACUACCUCCACAUUUGUUCGCAAUUGGUUCUGCCGCACACGCUUCGUUGCCAUCCCCACAAGUUGUGGUUAUUUCUGGAGAAUCUGGAUCGGGAAAAACGGAAUCAACAAAACUUGUUAUGCAGUACCUGGCUGCUGUUGUGCCAGGAGGUGGAUCUGCAUCUGCUGUAAUUACCGAACAAAUUUUAGAAGCGGCGCCCCUGUUGGAAGCGUUCGGAAAUGCCAGAACAACCAGGAAUGAUAACAGUUCAAGAUUUGGUAAAUACCUGGAAGUAUUUUUCAAAUCUGGGGCAAUUAUUGGUGCUAAAAUAACACAGUACUUACUGGAAAAAUCCCGAAUUGUUACUCAAGCUCCAGGGGAGCGUAAUUAUCACGUGUUUUAUGAACUACUCGGUGGUCUUUCGGAAACAGACCGUACUAAGUACGGUCUUCUCGACGCAGAUAAAUAUUUCUAUUUGAACCAAGGCGGUUCUGAUUGUUCUACCGGCCGAGUAGAUUGGGCAUCAUUACAAGGAGCGAUGCAAGUACUUGGAGUGUCUGAGAGUGAACAGGAAGGUAUCGUAAAUGUACUGGCGUCUGUCCUACAUCUGGGAAAUGUUUAUUUCCACCGAAGACAACUCAGGCACGGUCAGGAAGGAGUUGAAAUAGGAUCUGACGCUGAAAUUAAAUGGGCUGCACAUCUACUGAAAAUACCAUCGGAAGGUAUUUUGAGAUCACUAACAUCCCGAAUCACAGAAACGAGAUCGGAACGAUUGUAUACACCACUAAGUAUCGAUCAAGCGUUAGACGCAAGAGAUGCCCUUGCGAAAGCGUUGUAUUCUGGCUUAUUCAACUGGUUGGUACUUCGAAUAAAUUCUAUCGUUCACAAGGCUGGUAGUCAUGAUGCACAUCGUAUAUCAAUCCUUGAUAUUUUCGGUUUUGAGAAUUUGGCAGAAAAUUCUUUCGAACAGCUGUGCAUUAACUAUGCGAAUGAAAGCUUGCAGCUUUAUUUCAACAAACAUGUAUUCAAAUUGGAACAAGCAGAGUACGCAAAAGAACGUCUUGAUUGGACUCCGUUGGAAUGGGAUGAUAAUCUGCCAGUAAUUCACCUGCUUGCUAAAAAACCCGUCGGAAUUUUCCAUCUUUUGGAUGACGAAUCAAACUUUCCUAGGGCAAAUGAUAUGAGUUUUCUUGAGAAAUGUCAUUAUAACCAUGCAUUAAGUGAACUUUAUUCUAGACCUAGAAUCGGUGCUCAAGAAUUUGGAAUAACUCAUUAUGCUGGGCAGGUAUGGUACUGCGUGGAAGGCUUCCUCGAGAAAAAUCGUGAUGCUUUGAGAAUGGAUGUGAUUGAGCUUUUGAGCUCAAGUACCGAAACGCUUGUCGGUGAAAUGACCAAGCAAUUGAGGGCACAGCGUGAUUUUGGCAAAACUUUACCGCGUGGGAUCAACGGUAGAUUUGUCACAAUGAAACCAAGAACUCCAACGGUCGCUGCCAGAUUUUCCGAUUCGUUGCAACAGUUAUUACAAUCGAUGGCCAAGUGCAAUCCAUGGUUUGUAAGGUGCGUCAAACCUAACAACGAGAAACAAGCUUUACGGAUGGAUAUGCCCUGUGUUUUGCAGCAAUUGAGAUAUUUAGGCAUGCUUGAUACGAUCACUAUCAGACAGCGCGGUUACCCUGUUCGGCUCAGAUUCCAACAUUUUGUUGAGCGAUACAGAUAUAUGUUGAAGACACCGUUACCACGUGGAACUCCGUAUCGAGAGUUGUGUCGUUUUGUAUUGGAUUCAUUGUCAGGCACCAGCACGGAAGGCCCGGAUUUCCAGUUGGGUGCAACAAGGGUGUUUCUGAGAGAGUAUCUCCAUCGAAUGCUGGAAGCGGGUCGAUCAGAAAGACUACGCAUGGCAGCGAUUAUUAUUCAGAAAAAUGUCCGUGGCAUGCUUGCUCGCAAGCGAAUACAGCGCCAAAAACGAGGAGCUGUGACAAUCCAGAAAACAUGGCGUGGUUACCGCGAUAGAAAGAAAUACACUCUACUGAAGAAUGGAGUGAUGAAAGCCCAAGCUUUGUACAGGGGACAUGCACAAAGAAUCCGCUAUGCCAAACUGAAAAUAGAAAUGCAACGACGACGUGAUGCAGAGAGAAUACAAAAAGAACGUGCGGCUCAAAAUUUCGCCAAAGAACAGGAGAGGAAUUCAGUUCUAUUGGAUAUUCCGGCCGAGUUGGCAUUCAUAUUCUCUAAAUCAGAAAAUUGGUCCGGUCUACAAUACGACCGCUAUUUAGUUAAAGUUGUCGGGACUGUUCCUGGCCCUCCAACGGCAUCCGAUUUACCUUCUGAUUUAGACCAAUUUGCUUUCGGAAAAUUCAGCUCAGUAUAUUGCAACGGAAUGAAAAUUUCAUCUCGAAGAGAUGUGAUAACAGUACCAUUUUUAUCGAGAGCCGCUGCACGAGAUCAAGAUUUUAAAGAUGCAAUAGCAAUAUUUAAGUUGAUUUUGAGAUGGAGUUCGGAUUCGUUAAAUGAUCAGAACAAACACAAACUGAUGGCGGAUUAUAUCGUUCAUAAAGGGUUAUCGUCACGUGGUUUGAGAGAUGAGAUUCUUGUACAAAUUUGUAAUCAAGUAUAUAAAGCGGAAGAAUCUUACGCAGAAAAAUUGUGGUUAUUAAUGUCCCAUUGCUUAUCGGCGUUUCAGCCUGGAUCAGCAUUCAACAAAUAUCUUAUCAAAUUCAUUGUUGAUAAUGCCCCACAAAACACAAAAGAACAAUUGCUGAAAAAAAUUUUGAGAAAUGAUACAACUACUCAAGCAAAUUCAUGUCGACUGUUUCCCCCUUCCUGGUUAGAAUGGAAGGCAUCAGCACGACUUGCUGAUACAGCACUGGGAUUAGUACUGCCGGAUGGGGUAAUGCAAACUGUUGCGGUUGACUCUUGGACAACGUGUGAAGAAGCCGCAGCUUUGGCAAUUUCAUCACUAGGUAUUCCAAACUUGGGUUGGACUGUGGUGAUUGACGAUAGUGGAUUAAUAAUAGAUUCAUGCGGAAUGGACUAUGUGCUUGACUUGGUGUCAGAGAAAGAAAUCAAUCCAUCAUUUCCUGCGGUUCGCAAUGAUUUACUAAAAUGUGGCAGUAGAAACCAACACAUUACAAUGACGGAGCAAGACAUCAGUCGUAAACGUCCACAGGUACCGCCUCCAGAACCUCCGUCUCUCAAACGAAUGUCUGAAUUCCAAUUACCACCAGCUAUACCCAAUACACUGAUAACUGACAGCAAUCUGGAUGGAAUUGAGAUACGACCUUCGUACACCCAUCAGAUAGAAUCUAUCACGAGGAAAAGCUCGCACGAUGCCAUGUCACGAAGCAAAAUUCUCAAAGAUCAUUAUUUUGACUCAGAAAAGUCCAGAUCUAGAUCACUGGAUGACUUAUUGGGUACAGAUUCAAACGAAAUUAUUGCAAUAAGUGGACCAGAGACUUUGAAUUCGGUUAUAACCGAAAAUCGUCAAAAUGAUCACUAUCAAUCGAGCGAUGGUAUAGCUCCGCUAAGAGAAUCACAACCGAGAUAUGUUAAAUCACAAUAUGCUGGGAAAAGACUAGCAGGUUCACACUCUAGCAAAUAUAUUGAAAAAUCCGAAAUGACUAUUCGCUCUUCAGCGAUGUCUGACACUAGUGAAGCUCCGUCGCUAGCAAGCCACGUAAGACGAGUGCGUGUUCCCUCGCAAGCGUCUGAUGUGGAUCAGUUUUUAGAUGAUUUAUUCAGUCCUGUUUUAGACGGAUCGUUAGAUGAACUAUCCGAUGUGAGGUCGGUAGCCGCCAGUAUAAGAGGUAAUGCAGCAGAUGCAGCUACAAACGUUGGACCUGUUCGCAUGAUCCAGGAAAAUAUAGAAGAUUUAUUACGUUCAGUGGAAAUUUGCCAAACAGUAUCAGGCUUACGUGAUAAGAAUCAAAUGCUUAAAAUUAUCAAGGGUGGCGGAACGACUCAUCAGUCCAAAAACAAUGUUUCAAGCGGGUUUUCUCCAAACGGAUCCAACUAUAAUGCAUCACCAAUUUCUCCAGUUUCAUCUGCCACUUCAAGUUCGCUCCUGAUGAUGCGGUCAGUGAGUCCAGAAGUAGUAGUGCCUGUGUUUAAUGUAUCCCCCGGGGUUGACACUGCUACUUACCAACAUCAAGUUCAACGGGCAUUUUUGCAGUCUGCUAUGGCUCAAAAUAUUCAAAUACAGCAACAAUUAAUUGCACAAAACCAAGCACUACAAACACUUUUAACACAGCAAGAUCCUUCUUCUUCACCCAAUGUGCAGAAUCUGUCCCCAAAACAAACCGUAUCGCAUUCUCCACCAACGCCACAGCUGUCCGCUCGCAAAUCUAUCAUAAACACAAGAUCCGAUUCAACAACCACGUCAUUAUCUGAGUUACUACGAAACCGGAAAGAUUCUUCAUCUUCAAAUUUAAUCCCGCCUCCUCCACCUCCACCGUUGCCUCCACCUUUAGAAAUGAAGGAUCCAUUGGAGGUACGACCAUUUCUCGAUCCAUAUGGUAGAGCAAAAACGGUACGAAUUGGAAAGUGGAGAUGGCCUCCCCCCCAGGGUUCCACUAAUGCAGAGAGCGAGGAAAAUUUUACCCACUUCAAGAUGCGUCAGAUUAAUCGCAAAACAACACCGCAGCCACAAAAUCAUAGCAAUGUCCAGUCUCCGGUAGGCUCUCCCAGUGGUAUUGAAUGGGACGAAUUUGAAAUAGAACAGCAAGUUAACAGCAACAGAGGGAACGUUCACGAGUCAAUUGAUCAGCAUCAAAAAUCGAAUCAAACGAACCGCGUAUCGAAGCGUAGCUUCGAUAUUGGUGCCGACCGACCUUCUCCAAGCAGUGUCGGAAAACUGAAAUUGAGCAAUGAAAUGAGGCAACGUUUAGAACAAGUGACUGCUGGGCAUUCGAUACGAUCGACCAGCACUCGCUCGGAUCGAGCCGAAAAAGUACCAGCCAAACUUGAAGAAACUCGCAGACUAAUUCUGGAACAACAGUUGUCCGGAAUAAUAGCUGUGCAAAAUUCACAUAACACCCAGCCUGAAUUACCGUCGGUGAAAAAUCAAGUUCAAAAAAUGGAAUCUAAUAAAAGAAGCACUCAAACGUCAUGGCCUACGAUUCUUCCACCUGCACCUGCAGGACCAGCACCUCCACCACCAAUCCGGCCACCCAAUACAACACCUCCGGCACCACCGCUUCCAAUUCAUAUGAAUAGCAGCCCUAGUUAUUCACCCCAAUCACAAACAAAUCUGCAAGAAAUUCCUUCGUUCAUUCAACGACAAGAACGGGAUACGUUUGGCGCAAAGGAGCUUUUUAACGAUUCAUGGAGUCGUGCAGAAGCUGCUAAACUAGAACAGGUUUAUGAAACAAAUUUGAAAAAAGAAGCAGCGAUACAACGUGAAAGAUCACGAUCACGCUCAAGAUCGAGAGAUCGUGAUAAUUUUUCGGAAUCUGUCUGGGAUCGUUCAGAAGUGGAGGGUCCCCCAUCUACCAACGACGAUCGCGAGAACAAGGAACGAGAAAAACGAGAGCGAAACUAUGAGAUGUCUCAAAUUCAACGCGAAAAAGAAAGUAACAAAGUGUAUCAACCAGCACAUCCAAAGGAAAAACCCAAACCAAUGAAAAAUAGUCGUCAGACUGUUGCCACAUUUAAGACUCACAUGGCACAAAAAAGUGUGCAAGAGAAGGAACGGAAAUCAUCAACAACAACGGUGGCGUCACAUAACAAUGAGCACUUGGGCGAAGUCAGUGUAAUGGUUAAUGAUCCACCUACACCAAUCCUUCCAACACCGGUAUCAUCGUUGAAAACUCCGGCAUCUGUUUGUCUCACUUAUAAUAAGACAUCGUGGAAACUCCGUGUACGCAAAGAGGUGUUCCGCCCUAAUGAAACAGUUAACACGCCAGCUGCGCUGGAUUUACUUUUUCUACAAAUAACUUCUGAUGUCUUCGGUAUAACUCCAUGCCUUCGAAUAUCACCCCAAGAAAGGCGCGCAGCAAUAAACUUGUUAAAUGGUCACGGCGUAAUGAGUGACAAUAUAUUCGGUCAAAAUAGAUCUAUAGUCAAAAGGCAUCUGUUAGAUAUGGCUCGCAGCUGGCCACUGUAUUUCUCACGAUUGUUUAUUCUGAAUGCAUCACCUUCUAUUGCUAGUGGUACAUUACUAGCCGUAUCACAUUCGGGAGUAUUUCUGGCGAGAAAGGAACAAGAUGUUAUAUCUGUUCAUAAAUCAACACCAUUCAAUGAUCUACAAAGCGUUACGACACUUCCUCGGCCUCUAGCUUUUCAACUUACGAUAAGGAACGGGAACCGUGUAAUUCUUCAUGCGGCAAAAGCAACAAUUAUACAGAAUAUGAUACAAUCCUUUCUGGUGGAAUAUCGACAGACACAAUCCAAAGGGCCCACAAUAUCUUCUGGAGUACGUGCGGCAGCUGCUAUACUUAAUGUACCCUUGGAACGUCUUGAAAUACCGAACAACAGCCCCAAUUCUCCGAAUCAAUUGUCUCCUGUGGAGAAAAGUCAGCGAUCGUCGCAAAUUGAUUUCGAAACUUUGCAAUUGGAUAACAAUAUUCAUCUGCAGCAACAUCAGCAACAAGAUAACCCGUCGUCAUCGCCGAAUAAACACAACAAUUAUGGGCAUUAUCAACAUCACAAAAAAAAUAUCAGUCCAAAUGGCAGUAAUUACGCACACGAAACCGAUAUUAUUCAACCAGAGGAGUCAUCACCAACUCAAACAUCACUCACAAAACAUUCGCUGCUUCAAUUUGCUACACAACACUUCAGAAAUGACGGAGAGGAAUUCAAAAACAAUAGAAACGAAGGCCGUUCGUCAAGUGCUCGCAGCUCACAUGCUGAUUUAGUCAAAUGGCAGGGAACUUCGCUUCAUAUGCCAUUACUUCGAUUGCCACCUGAUUUAGCGCCGCUAGCAUUGGAAUGUUUCGAUUGCAUUCUUCGUUACUGUGGGGAUCUCAUUGCGGAUGCAGAUCAAACAGAAGUGAAGUGUGUCUACACUGUGCUUAUGCACUGCCACAAACACCUGGCCUUAAGGGAUGAAGUAUACUGUCAGCUGAUUAAACAAACAACGGCAAACCGUUCGCAAUGUCCAGAUUCAGCACAGCGUGCAUGGCGAUUACUGAGUAUAUUGGCAGCCUAUUUCGGUUGUUCAGAAGCUCUUCGACCGUAUUUGAUUGAACACCUCACAUCAGCCGCGUCAGAUCGCCGACGAUCAUGCCAUGGUACAGCAGCUGUUUGUCUAACUAACUUGAGAAAAACAGCGCGAUGUGGUGGUCGCAAGAACGUACCAAGCGUAGAAGAGGUCACCGCUGUUUCAGCUGGACGAUCUGCCAGAAGGCAAAUUUAUAGGUUACCAGGAGGCGCCGAACGUAUCGUUAACACACGAUGCUCUACGGUUGUUGGCGACGUUAUCACAGAGUUAUGUGCACUUUUGGGCAUAGAUAUAGUGGCAGAACAACAAGAAUUUUCACUUUAUUGCAUUGUACAAGGAGAUGCUUUCACAAUGCCCCUUGCGGCGGAUGAAUAUAUUUUGGACGUUACAACGGAGUUACUCAAAUCAGGCCAACCAUUUUAUCUUAUUUUUUGCCGCUCCGUGUGGCAUUUUCCACUUAAACGCGAUCCAGCUCCUACACCUCUCUAUAUUGAGGUACUGUUCAACCAGGUAGCGCCAGAUUAUUUGGAAGGACUUUUGCUUGAAUUACCAAAUGGCGGAGCACCAACACCUGAUUAUGUGCGCGAUAUGGCGAGGAUUGCGGCAAUACUUCACAGAGCGGCCGAUCUAAACCAUUUACCAGCAAUGAAAGAGAUUAAAUUUCUACUCCCCAAACCAGCACUCUCUCUACGAGAACUCCGUCCAGCUCAAUGGGUUGCACUAGUUCAGUCUGCGUGGCCCUCUAUAGCCAACCUGAGUCCCAUACAGGUGAAAGCACAAUUCCUCAAUGUCCUUUCUUCGUGGCCACUAUUUGGCAGCAGUUUCUUCGCUGUGAAGCGUGUUUGGUCUGAAGAAGCGAUAGCCGAUGACGUUAGUCCGAUGUGGAGAGAACUUAUUCUUGCUUUGAACAGACAAGGAGUCCUGUUUUUAGACCCAAAUACGCAUGAGACAAUGCAACAUUGGGCAUUCAAUGAAGUUAUUUCGACCAGAAAGGUGCGGUCUGAAGAUGGAGCUUUAUUCUUGGAUAUGAAAGUCGGUAAUUUGCUUCAACAACGAGUAAUAAGAGUUCAAACGGAGCAAGCUCAUGAAAUUUCAAGGCUUGUACGUCAAUAUAUCACAAUGGCACAAGUGCAGUUGAAAGAUCGUAGAGAAUAAUUUGAUUUGAACAAAUGAAUUGUUAUCCUUACGAGACAUUAGAUACCACUUCAUUAACAUUAUUUGUGUUAGUAGAUGUUGCCACAUUCAUUCCACUAAAGUCAUAUUUAGUUGAGUUAAUUGAUCCAGCAAAUAAGAAAUUGGAUGAUUUUAUUAAAUUGUGCAUAUGAGUAA